CGGCAAAAUCCAACCAUGCAGGGCAAACGGAGACAUCGCAUCCUCUCUUGUUCAUAGAUGAUCUUAUCUACAGAGUAGGGAGCAGCUUCAGCUAUACGUUCUGGUCAGUCGCUUCCUGCAUGCAGUACCUCUUUCGAUACCUACAGUACGUGAUCGUCCUAAUACGGCAAAUGCAGGCAUUGCCAUUAUCGAAUUCGUUAUCUCUCCGAGUACUCAGUCUAGUCUUCUAUGGCCUGGCUUUGCUCGGUCGCCAGGCAUGUCUCCGAGUUGCAUCAGUUGUCUUUCCUCGCCCCUCUCCUGACCACACUCCGGUCCUGUGUGAGCACCGGGGACCUCCAUCUCGAUCGCUCCUGUAUGGAUGCCGUCCCCAAAUAUGAUAGGAAUGAGGUGCAGCCACAUAAUAUUGUUUCCGUGUAACAGAUCACUCGUAGGGAUCAUUCUAUGGCGUACAGACCAUGCUUUGAUUUUCCCCGGUCUUACUGUAGUACAGCUUUGGACGCUCAGGGCUCUGGUCAGGGCUGUGCCUUUGGGGCGCACCCGUUAAUAUAUCCUUGACCGUCACCAAGGGGCUGCUGCUUGGGGGGGUGUCGAUCUUAUAGCACGCCCGAUUUCUUCCACCUACUUGUAUCUCGCUCAAGGUCCGCCAGACGGGGUCGUGAAUUUGACAACAUCGUAAUCACCAUGAUGGAUCACGAAAAGCCCCAGGCGGUUUACCCGCAAGUCUUCGAGCACGAAUUUGAGGGCGCCCCGAGUCAAUCAACAGCAAGCCCUGAACCGAUAAUGCGAGCCCCCUCUAUCGAUGAACCUGCUUAUGUGGAGGACCGCAAGGAGAUACGUGGGGAAGCUUUGUGGUAAGAGCACUGUAGAAUAUUUGUACUGCAAAUCCGGCUUACAUAGGUAUGCAGGAGAGUUCUCAAGGAAAGGCAUAUCAACAUGAUAGCCUUCUCCGGAACCAUUGGUAAUGGGCUGUUUUUGGGUUCUGGGCGAUCAUUAGCAUCGGCGGGUCCUGGGGGAGCAGUUCUCGCUUACGUCCUUGUGGGUGCCGUCAUUUCAUCGGUCAUAAGUUGUAUAGGUGAAAUGACUGCUUUAAUGCCUGUUAAUGCCCCAGUCAUGGAGUUUCCAAGACGUUAUCUCGACCGAGGGGUUGGUUUUGCCGUUGGGUGGGUAUAUUGGUUUGCCUACGCCAUCCUCGCAGCCGAUGAACUUGUGGCCGUAGCAAAUACGGUCGCUUUCAAAUACGACGAUGGAAGAACGUAUUUGAAUUGGAAAACUGGAGGCGAAGUGGACCCAGCCGUCUGGAUUGCCUUGUUUCUGGUUAUAGUUGUCUGUCUGAAUAUGCUUCCGGUGAAGGUAAUUCCCUCAAUUCUUUGAGCCAAUUUGAAAUUCAUUAAUUCCGAUAGUACUUUGGCGAAUUUGAGUAUCUUUUCGGCUCCUUCAAGUUGGCUUUUAUCGUUAUGCUUAUUGUGCUGAUGCUAUGUCUGGACACUAUCCAACGUUUGUCUCACCUGAUCUCAUGAAGAUUUCUACAUUUUUACUGACGUGUUCCAGCACGCAAGGAUGCAUACUAUGACCAAGUUUUAGGACCCAAGUGUAAGUGUUUGAUAAUAGUUAUGGGUUUUCACUCGAAGAAAUCCUAAUGGCUAACAUCCUCAGAUUGGAAAAUGCCUUAUUCCUUCUUCAAGCAUCAUUAUCCCGUCAAAGGCAAAGAUGGAAACACCCAGCGUGUUAUUGAGGGCCAAGUCGGCACCUUUCUGGCUGUAUGGUUAGUUUAAAAAAGAUUACAGCUUCUUCUCCUCGCCGUCUAACAUUUAAAGGACCGCGUUUGUGAGAAUAAUGUUUGCAUAUGUGGGAAUGGAUAUCGUCGUAGCAACAGCCUCAGAAUCUACCUCGCUCCCGGAUGCCGAGUCGAUGAAAAUGGCUGCCCGAAAAAUCAACAUCCGCAUCGUCACUCUGUACUGCAUCGCCGUUCUCUCGGCUUCUUUUAUGGUUCCGAUGAACCAUCCUUUCAUCAAUGGGGGUGGACAAUCUGUUGGAGCUCACUCAAUCUUCGUGAUCGCUGUUGUCGAAGCGGGAAUACCUAUGGCAGCUCAUUUUUUCAAUGCGGUCUUCGUAUUUUCUUCUUUCACCUGUGCGAUCAAUUCCAUGUAUGUGGCAAGUCGAGUUCUACAUACGUUAGCUUUGAGAGAGCAGACUGGUCCGGAUUUCAUCACACAGCGCCUGCAACAAACAAGGUCUGGAGUUCCCGUAAGAGCUGUGCUUUUUACUGGAGUUAUGAUGUUGAUAGCGUUCAUGGGGAGAACUGGAGCACCAGGUGAUGUAAGUCAUCCCGAUUUCCCUCCAAAAGAAAUGGCUUGCCAAUACCUUAACAGAGAUUGAGCGAACUGGCUUCAAAUUGUACUGUUUCUUGCCUGAUUGUUUAUGCUGUAAUAUGCGCAACUUAUAUGUCAUUUUACAAAACGUAAGUCCUCAAAUCUCCAAUCGCCGCUCACUUCACUGAACAUAAACGCAGACUGGAAGACGCAAAACUAUACGGGAAUGCCUCAGAGGCUCAAACAGCUUGUUAUGACAGAGACAAUCCACGAUACCCGUAUAAGUCACAUGGUCAAUGGCUGAAAGCAUUCUGCGGUCUUGUCUCCUGUGUUCUACUAGUAACUUUCAAUGAUGUGGGAGUAUUUUUGGUGAGGCCAUUUGAUACAAGACGCUUUAUUUCUUCUUAUAUCAGUGUAAGAUCCUCCUCAUCCUGAAGCUCACGGAGUAUUGGCUGAUCAGAAUAGGUGCCCAUUUUCAUCGUCCUCCUCCUUGGAUACAAAAUACGCAAACACGGACUACGGUUCUCACAAUGGGGUCCAGAACGUUCUGACGAUUUACGAAACUGCAUCCAAACAUCAAGCGAGGUCCGAAAAGGAAGAUUGGAAUUUCCAGACGAAGGGCCUACCAGAAGAAAUGGAGGCGUAUUUUUGAAGUGGCUUUGGGUAUGGACCAAAUAAGGACAGAGAUUUAAAAUGUUACAUAUGUAUGAUGCAAGACUUAUGAUAGACGGCUCUAGCGAGGAAGGAUUCUUUUUGGAUAUGCUUUUAAAUAUGCAAGCUAACAUAUUGGGUUUUAAUGAGUAUCUAUGAAGGUGGGCUGGCAGCUGAAUUCAAGAUUGUAUUGGUCUUC